CCCCUCGGUCGUUCAUUUCCGUCUCCCACAGCGGCGGACAAGUUUGGGGUAGUCCGUUAUUUCGCUUACCUGAUUGGGUUGUAGUCGCGAAGGGACACGGUAUCUCGCUGGACUCGUGACUGCCUGCGCGCUCGUUUUAGCGUCCACGGCUAACCACGUGGCUCUACGUCGUAGCGUCGGUCGUUUCAUCGAGUUUUAACGCGCGUUCGUCGGCACAGUAGCAGCACAAUGACGGAUAAUCAGUAUUCUAAUUACCAACAACAAGGGUAUAAUCAGUACAGCCAACCACCACCUUCGGCUGGCCAGGAUACGUCAUAUCCACCACCCACAACCGGUGGAAGUGGCUAUAAUCAGUAUAGCCAGCCUCCCCCGAGCACUGGCACCAACUAUGGCACCAAUUACAACAACUACAAUUCCAACACUGGCCAGGAUUACAAUACGCCGCAGAACCAAGGCAACUAUGGGCAAAAUAACUAUGGCGGUGGUAACACAGGCAGUGGUAGCGAUGGUGGUAACAAUUAUGGUGGAAGCUAUGGACAUGGCAAUAGCAGUAGCAGCGGUGGUGGUAGUAGCGGGGGUUACAAUCGUAACAACUCUGGUGGUUACAGCGGAGGCCAAGGAGGUGGUGGCGGUGGCGGUAGAUACAGCGAUCGCGGAGGUUACGGAGAUCGCUCCGGCGGUGGUUACAACAGUGGCGGUGGCCGUGGUGGUUAUAACAAAGGGGGCUACAGUGACCGCGGCAGCGGAGGAGGUGGUGACGGAAUGGUUACGCAGGAAGAUACUAUUUUUGUAUCUGGUAUGGAUCCGUCGAUUUCCGAGGAAGAGAUUUGCCAGCACUUUGGAGCGAUUGGCGUUAUCAAGCAUGACAAACGCACGGGCAAGCCCAAAGUGUGGCUAUACAAAGACAAGAACACGGGAAAGUCCAAGGGAGAGGCGACAGUCACUUAUGACGACCAGAAUGCCGCACGUUCAGCCAUCAGCUGGUUUGACGGCAAGGAGUUUAAGAAUUGCACGAUAAAGGUGCAAAUGGCGCAGCACAAAAGCAAUUGGCAGGGUAAUCGGAUGGGCGGCGGUCGAGGCGGCGGCGGCCGCGGUCGUGGCGGUGGCGGUAGUUUCGGCGGCCGCGGAGGCGGCGGCGAUCGUGACGAUCAUCAUCGCGGAGGUGGUGAGGAUCGCCGUGACAGCGGUGGCCGCGGAGGCGACUGGAGGUGUCCCAAUCCCGACUGCGGCAACACAAACUUCGCCUGGCGAGAUCAGUGCAAUCUCUGCAAAAGCUUGAAGCCGGAAGGCCUCAGUUACGGUGGCGGUGGCGGCGGCGGUAGAGGGGGCGGCGGCCGAGGUGGCGGUGAUCGCGGUAACAGAGGUGGUUACAGAGGCGAUCGCGGAGGACGCGGAGGUGACAGAGGCGGCAGAGGCGGCGGCUUUCGUGGCGGAGACCGAGGUGGUCGCGGGAGCAGAGGUGGCCCUAUGAGGGGAGGCGGCGGCCGAGGCGACAGGGACAGGGAUCGCCAGCGACCUUAUUAAUCUCCCAUUCGCGUCUAACAGCCGACCUGCCGUCGCUAAAAAUAAAUAACUUGUACACAUUUUGUACACGAGUUUCAAUGCUUGUACAUUUCGCGAAGCGGAAGCUCCUAUACAUACAUAUAUGCCAUGUGUUUCCCCUCCUUUCUUUCUGUGUAACUUUUUUAUAAUCAUGAAGAUGCGCAUCACUUCUCACCUUAUAUUAGCACAAUGACUUCAUGUAAAAUCAAUUCUUCAAUAGACCAUAAUAGAUAAGACUCUAAGUUACGUAAACCGCACGACUAAUUGAUUUAUUUCGCCGUUCACUGUUUCGCUUUUUGGCAUCACCGAGUGUAAUGAAAAGAAGGAGAAGAGCUUUGUGGGAAAGUUCGUUUAUUGAAAGUCGAAAAUAUAAUAUAGUUAAUUUAUAUAUUAUUUGGGUGGGCGUGUAUCUGUGUGUGGACGCGCGCGCAUGUGUACAUAAGUUUCAA